CUCGACCAGUGCGUUUGCCUCCGAAACGAGCGCCGCGUGUGCCCUCGAUUCUUCUCUCUGCGCCUCACCUGUGGGCCUCGCUCGGCCAAAUUGCUGGACUGAGCCGCACAGCUGCUCGCAGCUCGCCCCCGGGGCAACAGGUGCCGAUGCAACCGGGGGUGGCAGAUCUGGCUCACCUAUGAAGCAGAAUGGAGAGAUGUGUGACUCGUGCGGACACCCGGCCCGUCCCGCCGCCUGAGGACACUCUUGCGGUGCCCCAGGUCACGGUCAAUAUUAUGAGACGGUCCAGGCCGCGCUUGGCAUGGAGCGAAAACGGUCCUCGAGGCACAGACAGCGGUACCGGAAGCGCAAGACCACCUGCGACAAGAUCAAGGACUUCAUCCGCGAGUUCAUCGCGUUCAUGUUCAGCAAUGUUGGAAUUAUUGGCUUGGUCGUUGGCUACACCAUCUGCGGCGCCUUCAUGUUCCAGGCCAUUGAGGGCAACGAGGCCUCAGACGAUAGACAGGAGGCAAUCGAGGACAUCCAUGCGGCACGAAACAAGACCAGGGACAAGCUUUGGGAAAUUACGCAGAAGUUCAACGUGUUGGAGGAGGAUGAGUGGCGCCUGCAGGCCGCUAAUGAGAUCUACAAAUUCCAGCUGGAGGUGAUAGAGGCCAUCAACAAGGGUUAUGACGGCGUGGACAACGUCCAAGACCUCUCGGACACGUCUCAGUGGUCCUUCUCAGGCGCGUUCCUCUACUCGCUCACCGUCAUCACAACAAUUGGAUAUGGAAACGUGGCGCCGAAGACCGAAUGGGGCAAAGUGGCGACCAUCUUCUACGCCAUCAUCGGCAUGCCGCUCUUCCUGCUCUAUCUGUCCAACAUCGGCGACAUCCUUGCCAAGAGCUUCAAGUGGUCGUACGCCAAGUGCUGUCUGUGCCGGGGCUGCGGCAACCGGGAGGACAGCAGGUCGGUGUCGCCGGAAAACUCGGUCGCCGUGCAAGUGCCCGAGAUCAUCGACGAGACGGACGAGCAGUACGAGGAGUCCAACGUCGAGUCUUCCUUAGGGCAGAGCGUCAAGGAUGACACGAUUACCGUCCCCGUGACAUUGUGCCUGGCCAUUAUGGUGGGCUACGUGUGCGGCGGUGCGAUCCUUUUUUCCGAGUGGGAGGACUGGGACUUCCUGGACGGCUCGUACUUCUGCUUCAUCAGCCUGAGCACGAUCGGCUUCGGCGACAUCGUGCCCGGCGACCAGAUCUACGCCUCCAAAGGACUGGACAUGAGUUUCAUUUUCUGCUCCAUGUACCUGAUGCUGGGCAUGGCCAUCAUCGCCAUGUGCUUCAACCUGAUGCAGGAGGAGGUCAUCCACAAGUUCCGCUCGUGCGCCAAGGCCAUUCGCAACUGCUGCUCGUGCAGCGGCGACGACGACGUCGACGCCGCCCCCGUCGAGUAGUUGCAAAAUUCAUUUGCAUACCACUUCGCGCCACGUGUUUAGAAUCCCAUUUAAUUUUUUUGUUCAAAGGUAUUUACUUGCAUUUCUUUGAAUUUUUCACUUCACUCAUCGUGCUGCGGUUUCUUUACAACUUUUGACCGAGAUUCAUAUUAUUUUGCUUACAGAGGGGCUGGAUAUUUUCAAAGAAUCAAAAUUUCUUGGUUUAGAUCUUUGUGCAAAAAUUCAAUUUUGUCAUAAAAAAUUAUUUUUGGGCAAUACAGAAAAAUAAAUUUGCCCAAAGGUCAUUUUCUGAAACAUGUUUGAAUCUGUACGCUUCAGGAUCUAAACUAUGAAAUUUUAAUUUUUAUAAGUUUCCAACGUCUUUUGAAAGCAUUUUGAGACUUCAGUGGAAAAGCGAGUGGUUCGAAUAUUAAGUUUUGCGUGUUCUGCGAAGAGGAAAGUGGCGAAAGUUAAACCAAAAGACAAAUCAAAGUUCUCUGCCAAAAGUUUCGCGAUUUAAAUUUAAUUUAUAGAAAGUGCUGCGAAACAAAUUAGACUAAUUCUGCGCAGAUUUUUGUGUCUCUCUCGUUUCGUGGUGUGCGAUGAUGAUUCUAGGACUUUUAUUGAUUUUGCAAAGUUCCUGAAACUUUUUUAACAUGUACAGAGUUAAGACACGAUUCCCUGAGGAUGCCAAUUAAUUUGCUGCGGCGACGAAAGAUGCGGAGAACUCGUUGUUCGGUGCCGCGUGCAGCCAAGAGAGAAAACUGACAGUCGAUAUUAUAGAGACUUUGGAGUGGAAUUUUUUCAGCUCACGGGUCGGUUGCUUUUGGGGAAUUCAGAAGCUUCAUAAAGACACACGCUCUGCAUUAUUUAUACACAAGCGCGACGACAAAACCAAUGGAAUAAAAAGUUUUUUAAGCUCUCUGUCUA